AUGAACCUAACGCUGACGCUUAUGGCGGAUCGGUUACUCUCCGAAUCGCAGCUCCUCUCUGACUUCAUGUCCGGCGACAUCCCUCUCAACACGUUCGUGAAAGUUGCCGGAAAAGUAAGCGUCCUCAACAUCUUCAAGUUUAAAGUCCAGUCGUCUUCUUCCUGCGAUCUCAACAUCUCUGUUUCAAAUCGCAACGUCACGAGUCAACACUGUUUCUGUUCUUCAUAA